UGUUAAAAUUAAAAAAAAAAAUUGAGGAAAAUUUCGCUCUGUUUCAUUGAGAAAAUUAUUCAAAAUUUCUAAAGCUCUGUAACUGGAAGAAGAAGAAGCUUUCAGAGCCUUAUAAAUUUUUCCGUUCCUGACAUGGAAAGGCGAUUAAGCUUAGCAUUGUUGGUUUUGCUGUCGUCCUCGACUUUUCUUAUAUCUUUUGGAGCCAAAAAUCUUGAUCCCUACAAGGUUCUUGGGGUUGAACGAAAUGCGAGUCAACGCGAAAUUCAGAAAGCUUUCCACAAGCUCUCUCUCAAAUAUCAUCCAGAUAAGAAUAAAAAUAAGGGAGCUCAAGAGAAGUUUUCUGAGAUAAAUAAUGCAUAUGAUAUUUUAUCUGAUGAAGAAAAAAGAAAAAAUUAUGACAUGUACGGAGAUGAGAAAGGCAGGCCUGGAUUUGAAGCUGGUCAUCCUGGGGAUCAGAGUGGAUAUACUUACUUUACAAGGGGUGGACCAGGGCAAAACCCAUUCAGCUUUAGACCAGGUGAUUGGCAGAAUAUGGGUGGGGGAGGAGGAAGUUCACGCUCAUUCUCCUUUUCCUUCGGUGGUUCUGGUGGCCCAAGUUCCUCUGGUUCUGGGGGUUCAAGUUCAUUUGGAUUUGGCAUGGAUAAUUUUUUCUCUAACCUAUUUGGAGGUAACUUUCAAAAUAGCCAGUUUGGAGGAUCUGGUGGUCGGACUGGCUUUCAAUCUGGAUCCAGAAGUCCCUCAAAGAGCAUCAGGGGCAUUAAUUCACAUGUUUAUAAGAAAGAAAUUGUUGACCAAGGGAUGACUUGGCUUUUGUUCUGUCAUACCUCUUCAUUAAGAGGAAUCCAGAAUGUUGAACCCACCAUAGAGGAGGUUGCUACUUCAUUGCAAGGUGCUUUAAAGGUUGGAAGCAUAGACUGUGAGACAGAACAAUCUCUAUGUAAGGACCUUAGCAUAUUUCCUCGCAGAAUUCCCAGGGUUUUUGUUUAUUCAUUUAAAGCCAGUGAGAAGGGUUCUUUGGUGGAGUAUGAUGGUGACUUUUCUGUUAAAGAUUUGAAAACCUUUUGCCAUGAACAUUUGCCAAGGUUCUCAAAACGGGUUGAUUUGAAGCGUUUUGAACUUCCAUCUCUAACCGCCGAAAAACUGCCCACGGUGAUGCUUCUUUCCACCAAAAAGGACACACCUGUUAUAUGGCGCGUCCUUAGUGGCUUGUAUCACAAGCGCUUCAACUUCUAUGAUGCACAGGUUCAGGAUGCUAAUGAUCCUGCUGUACAAAAGUUAGGAGUUGAUGCACUUCCAGCUAUUGUUGGUUGGUUAUCAACUGGAGAAAAACAUGUUCUAAAACCAGGGAUUAGUGUGAAAAAUUUGAAGUCUGCAGUUCAGGAUCUCAGUCUCCUACUUGAAGGUUUUGAAAAAAAGAACAAGAAGGAAGCUUCAAGUCAGACUAGAAAAACAGAGUCUGAAUCGUGGGAGAGCCAAAUACCAGUAUUGACAGAGUCUAAUUUUAAUGCUGUUUGUGGUGAGAAUACUCCAGUCUGCAUAAUCGGGGCCUUCAGAUCUUCCAGAUCAAAAGAGAAACUCGAGUCAAUUUUGAAAGUGGUUUCCCAGAAAACACUAUUAAGGCAACCAAAUUCUGCCUUUGGCUCAAGGGAUUCUAUUUCCUACAGCCUAUUAGAUGCCUCCAAGCAAUCAUCAUUCCUAACUGCACUCGACAAAUCUGGAUUCAAACCAUCAGACAAGCUCUUAGUAGCAUACAAACCUCGGAAGGGGAAGUUUGCAGCAUUCAAGGGUGAGAUGACUACAGAAGAAGUAGAGACGUUCAUCGGUUCUGUUCUCAAUGGCGACAUUCAAUUUACAAAGACGCGGCAAAAGCCUAUGGUCAAGUGAAAGGUAGUCCCACAAGAAUCGGGGUGUGGUUUUUUAAUGUAAAUAGCUUCUCCUCUAAACAAGGUAAAGAAACAAGAAACCUCGGCUUCGGCCAAACACCGUGAUGUCUUUAUUAUACAGAACUUGAAGUUGAAGAAUAUGAUCUUAUCAUGAUUAGAAGUUGCAGAAAAAAGAAAUACGUAGUUGUAGAAGUUUUUAGGGUGAGAGAGAAGAGAGUCCUCUUGCUGGACUAACAAAAACGUUAACAACAUUGAGAUGAUGUUGUCAUAAUUUUGGAUGUAUACUAAAACUAAUCAUAUAUUUUAUUUUGAGCACUACCCAUUGAAAGAAAUUGUGAGUGAAUUGUUUUAUUGAA